UCCCUUCACCCCUCCCCUCCGCGUCGCAAUUCCCGCCGCUCGCGCCGGAUUUGCCGCUGUUUAAGCAGGCAACAAGCCGGCUGGAGUCGCAUAGGCGGCUCGUCCCUAAAAUCUCUCCAGUCAGCCGGCAGUCGUGCCUUGGUUUUUUUUUUAUUCUCAUGAGCCAACUUACGCCAUAGGCGGCUCGGUCCUGGAAUCCCUCACUGCUGCCUUCAUCAUUGGUGUCUUCUGAGACGCGUAUUGUCGACCCAAUCACCUGAGAGUUAUCCCUCACCUCUCACCUCUCACCUCUCACCUCUCACUCGCGCCCGAUUGCUCGCCAGCUCUCACAUGCGCUCCCGAGCCUCUCACGCUUCCUGUUGAAUCACCUGAAUGCGAUUUGGUGAAUCACCUGAAUGCUAUCCCUCGCCUCUCACUCGCGCCUCGUUGUUCGCCAGCUCGUCCCUCCUAGAACCAUGAGUCUGCUGCUCGGCGCGCAGGCGCUGAACUAUAAUCCGUGCGGGGGACGCGGAUCGCAUGUAUUUAAACCCGCAGAGGAGAUUAAGCGCCGCGUGGUUCCUAGAUCCGUCGUCCCGACCUCGAUUUCCCGACCGAGGGAUGUCGGUUGCUCGUUCCCGAGUCGCGAGAUCAGAAGCGGUUGGGAUAGGCGAUACGUAUCGAAGCAGGAUGCAGCUGGGUCCCGUAAAUCACGGAAUGUUUUGCCACGUGGCGAGGCUGUGAGUGGUGGAGCCCGAGCUGCUGCUACUUCUGGUGGCGGUGAUGAGGCCACGGAGCGACACGUGGCGGGCCCUGGAACGAUGACACGUCAGCUCGACGCCCAGCAACCAUUGGACACGUGUCAGGCGGCGGUUGGAGAGGGAGAUUCGUCUGGUGGCGGGAAGCUCCGGAAGCGGCGUGUGGCGCUUUGGGUGGGAUACGUGGGGACGGAGUUCAAAGGUCUUCAGAUUCAGCGAGCAAGCCCGGUGCUCCCGCUAGAAGCCUCCGAGAGCGACUCUGAAGAGUGUGACAGUAGCGAAGGGGAGUCAAGCAGCAGUGGCUCUUCCAGCAGCAGUGAUGGAUCCGAUGGCGUGCCAACGGUGGAGGGUUAUCUGGAGCAGGCUUUACUGUCGGCAGGCAUGAUUCUUCCCAGCAACUUCGGGGAUUUGGCCAAGAUUGGGUGGAGCAGGAGCAGCAGGACGGACAAGGGGGUGCACUCAGUGGCCACAGUGGUAUCUGUCAAGCUGGAGCUGCCAGAGAGUGCGUUUCACAAGGGUCAAGAGCGGCAGCAGGAGGAGCGAGCGGGUCUGGCACUAGCUGACGCCAUCAACGCGCAUCUGCCUCUUACCAUCCGAGUCUUUGGUGCCGUGCCCGUUACCAAAACCUUCUCAGCCAGAAGGGCGUGUGUGAGCCGCACCUACCACUACCUGCUGCCUGCUGAGCUGCUGCUGCUGAGGAGGGGGAAAGGGCCAGAAUGCAUGGAAGAGAGGGUGGGAGGCGGAGGGGACGAGGAGGCAAGUGAGGGAAAGAGAGCGGGGACACGGGAAAAGGGUGAGCACGAGGAGGGGGAGUUGAAGAGACGGCUCGAGGAGUUUCGGCAAAUUCUGAACACGUUUGAGGGCAAGCACGCCUUUCACAACUACACUAAGAGGCGCAUCUAUCGCGUGCGGAAGGAGAAGAAGAGGGAGGAAGAGGAGGAAGAGGAGGAAGAGGAGGAGGAGGGGGAGGAGGCCAGUGGAAGUGGUGGUGAUAGGAGACUGAGAAGUGGAGGGGCGUGGGGGAGAGGCAGGGGGAAAGGAAAUAGGACGAGAGGGGAUUCAAGAGAGACAAUAGAUGGAGAUGCGAUGAUGACUAGUGGGGACGAAGGGGAGAGGACAGGGGAUCAUUUCUCAAGUAAGGGAGAAGGGGAGAAAGAAGGGUGGAGUGGGGUGAGAAGUGGUGGGGAGGGUCGGACAGGUGGAGAUUCAAGAGAGGGGGAGGGAGACGCUUUUGUGGCCUUGAAGAGGGGGAUUGAGGUGGAUGAGAGGGAGGUUGAGGUGGAUCAGAGGGAGGCUGAGGUGGAUCAGAGGGAGGCUGAGGUGGAUCAGAGGGAGGUUGAGGUGAAAGAAACUUCUAGAAAAGGGGGGAAAGAGAUUGCUGAGAACGAGGUGGGAAAACCACAGGAUACACUUGAAGGUCGAGUGGGAGGAGAGAGAGGAGCGGAGCCAGAGAUGGAGGGGCUGGAUAGAGCGGGGAGGAAGGCGGUGUGGCUGCAUGAGACGGACCAGACGGACAAGAUCAGCACGGCACACUUUCGAACCAUUGACACGUGCACAGUGCUGCUGUGGAUAGAGGAGGGCAACUUGAAGGAGAGGGCUGAGGGCACUUUCUGGAUUGAAGAAGAAGAGGAGGAGGAGGAAGAGGAGAAUGGGGAGGGGGGAGAAGGGGAUGUGGGACAGCAGCGGCGGCGGCGAUUCGUCCGUGUUGUGAUCCGGGGAGAAUCGUUCAUGCUGCACCAGAUUCGCAAGAUGGUGGGAACAGCGUUAGCAGUGCUGCAUGGAGUCUUCCCCUCCGCCAUGCUCCUCCCCUCCCUCGCCCGGCACUCGCGAAUCGUGCUGCCCCUCGCGCCGCCCCAAGGCCUCCUAUUGGCCGACUGCUCUUUCAUGCCGUUCCGGGGCCCGAAACUGCCCGGAAAUAAAUUGUCCGCUGCUCAAGAUUCAACUGCCCCAGAUUCAUCUGCCUCAGAUAGUCCUGUUCCCCUAAAGACUGACUCGAUAGACAGGAUUAAGCAGCAGCAGGCGCGGAUGCUGUACACGCAGUGGCACACUCCCUCCCUGACACAAUUCCCCAACUUGCCACACCAUAGCGCCACCACCAUAGCACCACCACCAUCCUCCCCCCCAUCCUCCCCCCCAUCCUCCCCCCAAUCCUCCCCCCCAUCCUCCCCCCCGUCGCUCUGCAUGUCCGCUGCUGUGUGCCAGAGAGUAGAUGCCUUCUCGCAGCAGCACGCGCUGCCGGAGAUGCUGCACUCUCUGGAUGCGCAGGGGGAGCCGUGGAAGGGGUGGGUGGAGAAUCUGCAUGCGUACGAGUGGGUGUCACCAGAGGAGGAGGAGGAGGUGGUGCAGGCGUUUACCAAGUGGCAGCAGGGCAGGGCAGAGAGAGGGUACUGAGGCCUCGAUGUUGUAGGAGAGGUGAGGGGAGCCCUGGAGCAGUUGGGUGGGGAACCUACACGGCUACGAGUGGGUGGGGGGUAGGAGGAGGAGGAGGUGGUGCAGGCGUAUACCAAGUGGCAGCAGGGCAGGGCAGAUGGGGUUGCUGCUGAGGCUGUUGAGGGGGUUGCUACUGAGACUGGCAUGUGAGAGGGUGGUGUACAAACUGCUGCUCACUCAUGCGUGAUAAAUGGGUCCAUGAGGAGAGGAGGUAGUGCAGGCGUUUCAGUUAUUAUAACCAUAGCUACAAUUUAAGGUAUUACACUUAUCAGUUAUUUCUGAGCAGCUGUUCAAUGGGGUUAGCAUGUUGUGUCCACCACU